GCCUCGAUGCCUCGGCCGUGACACUGCCCUGACUGCCGAUUUAUAGCUCCCCCGCCCUCGACUUGGUGAGCUCGACAACAGCAUCUCCGCCAACGAUCAGCUAUCCAUCUGUCACCAUGUUGCAGCCCAGGCUCUCUCUCCAGCUGCCGCUUCGGCCUUUGGUCUCGGCAUUUGCAGGGGCUGUCUCUUGUCAGCGUGCCCUACCUGUGACCGUGGCCAGGGGGUUUGCUUCGCGGGCGCGAACUCCGGCUGUGACAACGCCCGAAGGUGGCACUACUGCGGCCGUCAACAAGUACGAGAGCCAGUCGGGCAUGCGAACGUACAAGCCGCGCACGCCCGGUCUCCGACAUCUCAAGCGUCCCAUCAAUGACCAUCUGUGGAAGGGCAGGCCGUUCCUCCCGCUGACGUUCCCCAAAAAGGGUCAAGCGAAAGGUGGCCGGAACAACUCGGGGAAAAUCACCGUUAGGCAUCGCGGCGGUGGUCACAAGCGGAGGAUCCGUACUGUCGACUUCAUGCGCAUGGAUCCCGGCCCUCAUAUUGUCGAACGCAUUGAGUACGAUCCGGGUCGGAGUGCCCACAUCGCCCUAGUGGUGCGGCAGUCGACGGGCGUGAAAAGCUACAUUGUGGCAGCAGACGGCAUGCGAGCCGGCGAUGUUGUCGAGAGCUACCGGGCUGGCAUCCCACGGGAGCUGCUUGAGAGCAUGGGCGGCGUUGUUGAUCCCGGUAUCCUGGCAGCGAGGACGGCUUGGAGAGGAAACUGUUUGCCGUUACACAUGAUUCCCAUCGGGACGGACGUGUUUAACGUCGGCUCGCACGCCAAGGGCCGUGGUGUCUUUUGCCGCAGCGCCGGAACGUAUGCAACCAUCAUUUCCAAAGAGGAAGAAACGCGCGAGGACGGCACCAAAGUCCUGACGGGAAAAUGGGUCAACGUCAGGUUGCAGAGUGGUGAAAUCAGAAGGGUGAGCAGAGAUGCCUGCGCGACUAUUGGUGUUGCCAGCAACAUCAUGUACCAGUACAGGCAACUGGGCAAGGCUGGAAGAAGUCGUUGGCUGAAUAUUCGGCCGACCGUGAGAGGCCUGGCCAUGAAUGCUUUCGAGCAUCCACACGGAGGUGGCCGUGGUAAGUCCAAGGGCAACAGGAAUCCCGUCAGUCCUUGGGGCAAACCGGUACGUUUUAUCCUGUCGCUAGCAUCGCUGUAUUUGGAACCGACUUUUCUGACCACAUAAUUAGGCCAAGGGCGGUUUCAAGACACGUAUCAAGGCGAACGUCAAUAAGUGGGUGGUUACGCCUAGGAUUCGGAACAUGGGCAAACGCAAGGCGAAAAAGACGGCGUGAUUAAUUCACCAUGGGCUUGCGUCAGGCAUCCGAUUAAGAUGUAUUGUGAUAUUGUGUGCAUUAUAAAUACGAAUAACUAAAGUUGCGAUCCGAUUCCUUUGACCGUAAC